CGCCUCCCCCUGGCUCCGUUGGCGCCGGCCCGCAUCGGUGGGCUCGACUGGCUGCCCAGCUGGCACUGACGUCCCCUCGGAGCCCGGUGGCAGCCGAGGUAAACAGCCACGUGCAAUCCUCCACUCUAUAUUUAACAGCUGCUGCGGAGAAGGCAGGGAGGCAGGGAGUGGUGGUGGCUCCCGGGGCAGCUCCUGUCUUCGGGGACAAGGCCUCGCAGCCGGGCUGGCACCGGCCCUCGCCGUGUGAGCGUCACCAUGCCAGCCUCCCAGAGCCGCGCCCGGGCCCGGGACCGCAGCAAUGUCCUCAACCGGGCUGAGUUCCUGUCCCUGAGCCAGCCCCCCAAGGGGGCCCCGGAGCCCCGCAGCUCAGGCAGGAAGGCCCCGGGCCCCUCGGCGCAGCCCCCGCCCCCUGGCGAUGGGGCCCGCGAGCGGCGCCAGUCACAGCAGCUGCCCGAGGAGGACUGCAUGCAGCUGAACCCCUCCUUCAAGGGCAUCGCCUUCAACUCCCUGCUGGCCAUUGACAUCUGCAUGUCCAAGCGGCUGGGGGUGUGUGCCGGCCGCGCCGCGUCCUGGGCCAGCGCCCGCUCCAUGGUCAAGCUCAUUGGCAUCACGGGCCACGGCAUCCCCUGGAUCGGGGGUACCAUCCUCUGCCUGGUGAAGAGCAGCACGCUGGCCGGCCAGGAGGUGCUCAUGAACCUGCUCCUAGCUCUGCUCCUGGACAUCAUGACGGUGGCCGGCGUCCAGAAGCUCAUCAAGAGGCGCGGCCCGUUCGAGACGAGCCCCAGCCUCCUGGACUACCUCACCAUGGACAUCUACGCCUUCCCUGCCGGGCACGCCAGCCGCGCGGCCAUGGUGUCCAAGUUCUUCCUCAGCCACCUGGUGCUGGCAGUGCCCCUGCGCGUCCUGCUGGUGCUCUGGGCCUUCUGCGUGGGCCUGUCGCGCGUAAUGAUCGGCCGCCACCACAUCACGGAUGUCAUCUCGGGCUUCAUCAUCGGCUACUUCCAGUUCCGCCUGGUGGAGCUGGUCUGGAUGUCCUCCAACACCUGCCAGAUGCUCAUCUCUGCCUGGUGAGCCACCUGGCCGUGGCUCAGGACCUGGGGUGGCCCGAGAGA